AGUGCGUGCCACUGUGCUUCAGAAGCCGAUGGCCUGUGUUGCCGGUUUUGUAAAACAAAAUUAAUUUUGAUUUGAAAAAAACUUCUGUCUAUGAAAAAUAAAAAUGUCCACAACAGAUGAAGCUGCAAUAUUUGUACAAAAAAAUGAUGGAACAAAAGCUUCCAAAUCCUGUGCUUUUCAUGCCUGGAAAUAUUUAGUUAAUAAAUAUAUUGAAUUAACUUCUGAAGUGUCAAAAGAAAGAAUAGAACAUUUGAUGAAACCUCUUCAGGCUUUUAAUUCACAGACAAGUGAUAUGUGCACCAUAAAAUUUAAGAUAUGGUGGGAUCUUAUUGUUGCUCUAGAAACACACAUAGAAAAAUUGAGUGAGAUUUCCAAGGAAAAUGAAAAUCUUGUGAAUACAUGUUUGAAUCCUAUUCUGGAAACUGUUUUAUCCAAGAAUAAUGGUCUCUCGGAGGAAAUACUAACAUCAGAAGAUUAUUACUGCGGUCCUGGUGAUCCUAGGACCCCUUUAUAUACAAUGUUGGAUAUAUUAUUAUCUCCUUCAUUUGUGGGCAUCAAAAGUCAUAAGCAUGAAGCUCUUUUUAUGACUUUGUUGGAUCGUUUAUUUGAAUUGGGAAUUGGGCCUGAAGGCAGCACUAUUACCUUUGUUCAAGAAGUCAUCAAAAAAUUAGAUGUGGUAUUGAACUUGGGAAUUUCUAUUCGUCCCAACAUUUUAAGAACCACAUGGAAUAUCAUUGCAAAGAAAUUGACAGUGUACAUGAACUUAGGGCACAAUAUUAAUCAAGGGAAUGACAAUGAAGUAGAUUUCAAAUGUAUAUAUUUGAUGCUCAUAUUCCCAGUAAAUAAUAUUGAUCUUUUUGUAUUUGAACAUGAAUCAAUUUUUAAAUCCUGGAGAGAGCUUUUUAAUGCACUUCUGAAAAAUUGUAGAUUGUAUUCUGUUGUGGAAAAUGAUGUGUAUGAUGAUAUUUUUAGACAGUUACUUCAAGAAGUUGCAAAAAUGAAUGAUAUGGAUUAUGAUGAGUUAUUUUUUGUUACGAAUUUGGUCACUACUGUUUUAGAGAGGAUACCAUUUGAAAUGGUCAACAAACAGCACAGUUCUUGUAUUGCCUUGACCCAUCCUGCAUGUGUACAUCAAAGUCUAAAAUUAUUACAUUUAUUAUCAUCCAAAACUACAAAUUUGACAGGAAAUGACAUAUAUUUCAAAAUUAUGUCUCUGUUUGCUAAAUGUUCUGUAAUAUUUUGCAAGAAUUUACAAGUUUGGGUGCCCAAGGACUUUGUAUUAUCUCUUGAAGAUUUCAUUAAUUUUCUUUUAAAUGUGAAUAUAAAUCAUUCAGAAGCUUUGCAAUACUACGUGAAAAUCAUUAGAAAUAUGUGGAAUUGUUUCCUCAAUAAUUUUGUGAAGCAGGUUCUCUGCAAUAAUUUUGACAAAAUUGAAAUUAUCAGUAUCUUACAAAAUAUCUUUGAGAGUUCAUUUGUAUUUCCUGAUCAUGAAAUUCACAUAAUAUCUAUGAAAUUUUUAUUGUCUGAGAAUUGGUAUUUAAAUUUGGAAGUGAAUAAAUGUAUGCUAUGUGGUGACUCUUUUAAAAGCUACAAAGAAAUAAAAAGUAUUGUUUGUAAUGAAAAAUACAAUCAGAAAGAAGUAGAUGAAAGAAAGGAAUAUUUAAUUCAGAAAGUGCAGAACUUUUUUCUUGAUCGUGAGGAAGUAGCAAACUCUCAUGAAAGUAAUGAUAGUGAAAUGGAACAUAUUGAAAUUUUACCCUGUGAAAGAGAAAGGGAGCAAGUUGAAAUUCUGUCCUGUGAAAGAGACAAUGUGUCCUCAAGAACGUUGCCAGAGCAAGCAUAUUCUUCCGAUAGCACAUCAGAAGUAUAUAUCGGCUCGGUGGAAAGCUCAACGGGAACUGCGAUUUAUGAAGAAAUAUUUGAAGACAUCCAGGAAGUUACUGACAUGAGGAUAGUUGGAAAUGUAAAUUCAUCAGGCAUGUCGUCACCUGAAUUUUGUAGUGCAACACAUAGUGUUGCAGAUAGAGCACGAGAUAACUCAAAUGAAAUUAUGGAGAAUAUUGUAAACAGAGAUAUGCAAGAGAAACAGUGGCACCACAAUUUAACAACUUUACAAUCACAAAGUUAUGCUCGACCUAUUCCAGAGGAAAGAAGGAGCAUUAAAAAUAUGAAGCACAAAAAUGAUUCCACAAAUCAAAGAAACAACAACUGUGACACUUUGACAGUUAUCCCAGAUAACUCGAACAGGAUUACUGGAAAUAUUUUAAAUACCAAUAUGGCAGGGAAACAUUCAUCUCAAAAUUUAAUAUCUUCUUCACCAUCAUUCAUUAAUGAUCAAUCUAUGUCAGAAGAGAAAAGAAUCAAUGCAGAUACUCAGCAAAAUAAUACAUCCAUGAUACACUGUGAGACUAGUGAUUUGUUAAUAGUUUCCACAGGUUAUUCAAGUGAUAUUACUGAAAAUAUUGUGAAUGAAGAAAAUGCAAAAAGCAAACAUUCACAUACAAAUGAAACCACUUCUGAAUUCACGCUCAUUGAUGCUCAAUCUGUUUUAGAGAAGAAAAAGGCCUUUUUAGACUCUCAGCAAGAUAAUCAAUUCACGUCACAAUACAAUAAUACUGAUUUGUUAACAGCUAUCACAGAUUAUUCAAAUGAAAUUACUGAAAAUAUUUUAAAUAACAGAAAUGCAGAAAAGAAUCAUUCAUGUGAAAAUUUAACCACAUCUUUAUUACCAGUUUCUGAUGCUCAAGAUAAAAGGACCCAUACAGAUACCCAAGAAAAUAAUAGACCUGUAAUACAAUGUGCCAAAGAUCUAUUAACAGUUCUCACAGAUUAUUCAAAUGAAAGUACUGAGAAUAUUGUGAAUAAAGAAAAUGCAGAAAUGGAAAAUUCACAUGAUAAUUUAACCACUUCUUUAUUAAUACAUAGUGAUGCUCAAGACAAAAGGACUAAUGUAGAUAGUCAGCAAAGUAACAAAUCCAUGGUACUACAUAAAGAGGGAAAGGCAAAUAGGAAUCAAUUACAUGAAAAUUUAACUGCUUCUUUAUUACCAUUUACUGAUGCUCGUAAGCCAUGCUACUCAUUAGAACCGACUUCAAAGGAGAAAUGGACCAAUCCAAGUGCUAAGAAUAAUGAUUCUUCCAUAGUACAAGUUGACAAUAAUAGUGACUCUUUGAUAGAAGUGUCAGAUUCCUCAGAGGGAAUUACGCAUUCACAGUGCAAUUUAACUACUUUCAGUUUUCCAGGAAAACACAUCACCGACCAGAGGGGAAGAAAUGUAAUUUCAAAUAAUGAAGUUAAUCAAUGUCCCUUUGCAAAAGAAGCCAAUGCUAAAUGUAAUGAAACUGGAAAGGAACUGAUACAAGUUGCUGAUGUAAAUAAGCAGUAUUUCAAUGUCACAUCAGAAAGAGAACAGUUUAAAUUAGAUAAAGGGUCUGAUGGAAGAUCUGAAAAAUAUACAAAUAAUUACCAAAAGAAAAAGAAGAAAAAAAAUAAACACAAGAAAUAUGAGAAAAGAAAACAAAAAUCACUUCAGCAAAAAUUAAUGGAUACCACACACUCUACAAAUUCUGUCUCUUUAAAAUGUUCCAGAAAAGCACCUAUAAUUAUUCGAAUUGCCAGAAUAAAAGAAAAUGAUGAAAAUGUAGAAAGAUAUUACAUCAAAAACCUAAAUGGAGCUGAAAAUACUGAACAGCAAGCUCUGACAGAAGAUGGUAGUACAUCAUCAGUGGAUAUUGAAGAGAGCAAUGAAACCCAAAGUGAAGAGAAUCUGAGUAGUGCCAGUAAUUUUGAAAUAAAUAUUAAUGAUUUAGUAGAAAAAAACAUGGGAUGUGCCCUCACUGAAGUGGAUAAGUCAUUAUUGGAAUAUGAAAUUAGCAACAACAAUGAGAUCAUGAAUGAAACCAAUGGUACUGAAGGAAAUUUUGAAAUUGCAAAAAAUAAAAAAUCAAUGGGGGACAAAGAUCUGACUUUAUCCAAUGCAUUUUCAUCAUUAACAGAAGUUCUGUCAAGCAACGAUGAGAAGCCAGUUGAUGCCAAAAGCCCACAAGUAAGUGGAAAAUUUAGUGUAGAACAUGAACAAAUUAACACAUGUUUUAAGAAUGGUGAAGAUAAUAUUCCGCGUGAAGCAAGUAAGUCAUUAACAAAAUUUCCAGAACAUGGCAAUGAAGAGACAUUUGACAUAUUGAAUUGUCCUGAAGAAAAUGUAACCAGUAUAUCAAAUCAGAAAAUAGUAGAUAAUGAAGAUUAUGUUAUUAAUGGCUUCCAAAAUUCAUUUAGGGAAUUUAUAGAAAGAAAUAACACUAGUUGUAUUCCACAAAAUAACAUAAACAUUGUAGGAGAAAUACAGGAUAAUAAAUAUUUCAUUCUGACUGAAACACCUAUGACAUUGAUGAAAUUUCACAAGAGGGAGAGUGAAAACAGACUGAAUACCAAAAGAGACGUGGAAAAUGAGAAAAUUUCGUUAGAAGAAGAAAAAAUGUCAAGUAAAACGCAUUCUUCAUUAAUGGAGUGUCAGUCAAGUAUUAAUAAGAAGAUGAAGGAUAUGAGAAGUUCCUCAGAAAAUGUGCAAAUGUCCACAGUUCAUGAAUCAAAUAGUCAUGGAAAUAAAGAGCAUUGUAAAACUCAUACAUUAUUACCGGAGUUUCAAGAAAGCAAUAGUGAAAAGACACAAAAAAAUGGUAGCAGUUCAAAAGCAAAUUUAAGUACUGACCAAACUGAGGAUGGUGAAAAUUCUUCUAUGUAUGAAGCAUUUCAGCCGGAAAGUAUUGGUGAAAAGACACUAAAUGACUCCCGAAAAAACAACCAUGGAACAGAAGAAAAAAUAACAGAUAGUAAAGAUUGUGUUGGUACAUCAGCAUCAUUAAUGAAGUCUCAAGAAAGUGUAUUGAACAAUCCUCCAGAGAAUAUAUCAACCGAUGAUGAAAAGAAUCAACCUUGUGCAAAGUUUAUGAGUAUGUUUAAAGAAUGUUCUGAUUUUACCUCAAGGAAUCACCAAAAGAAAUCUAAUUUUUAUCAUUCUCUCAAAAUUGGGAAGUCAUUGAUUGAUUACAAUGUAUUGAAUACAGAAAGUUUACAGAAAGCAGUACAAAAUUUUCUGCCAACAAUAAUUGAAUGUAAAUCUUCACUAUUGAGUCAACAUUCACCUGAGUUUAAAAAUGGCUUUGAAUCAAAAAGUAUAAUAAAUGAAAAAACUAUUUUAAAGAAAAUUUACCCUCAAGUUCUUGAGAAUGAGAGCAUAGAAUUUCCAUUGUCAGAUCAAUGUCUAGGUAAAAGUACAAUAAUGAUUCAGCCUAGCAAAGUUGAAAAUAAAUUUGAUCUUAAGAAUUAUGAUAAUAAUGCUAUUAACAGAAGUAAAAAUAGAAAUAUUUUUACUUUAAAUAUUGAUGAUCAUCCAAUCAUCCAAUCAAAUAUUGUUGAUAACUCAAUUGAAACUGUAAUUCAAAAGAAUUCUGAGAAAACGCUUAAGAAUUCUCAUGAAUGCAAUGCACUGAGCUUAAAAUAUGAUGGGAAGAUUGAAAAUGUAGUAACCCAAGCUAUACAAAGGGAACAAAGUAGCCAGGAAUGCAAUUUUCCCUUUGAUAAAGUUAAAGAAUUUUCAAUAAAAUGCAGUUUAUCUUCUUUUAAGGACACUUUGAAAUUAUUUGGAGAGCGUGAAGGUCUUUUCAAUUUGCCCACAGGAUCUUUGAAUAUUGAUCACCAGGGAAAAGUAUCAGAGGGAUUAGAAAAUCCAUCUUCAGUAACAGAAUCUGCUAGUAGUUCUAGGAGCACAUCAUGUGUUUCUCUUUCCUCAAAAUCAUUUGAUCCAGAGCAUGCACAAUCUAACAACUUUUCCUCCAUGCUACAAUAUUUUCUUCAGAGAUUAAGCCAAUUAUUUGAUGGAAAAACAAUUAUCCCAAUCCAAGAUAAUAGUGCUCUAGUAUCUAGCAACAUUCCUCAUGUACUAAUUAACAAAAAUGAUAAUUCAGGCAUGAAUAUAACUUUAUCUCAUUAUGAAGAAGGAAACCAAAUUUUGGUUAAACUGGAAAUAAAAAAUGAUCAUAAUGAUGAUAACAAUAUUAUUAUGAUUCAAAAAUGUGAAUUACCUGAGGGACUUUUGAGUAAAUUUUCUUGUUUAUCUUCACAAGCUUGUUUAAAUACAAAAAUAGACCUACUACCAUCACCUUCAAAUGGCAUGGAUAUGGAAAGUAUGCAUAAUAUUUUUAAAACUCUCAUCUCACAGUUGUUUAUCAAAGAUAGUUUCUUGAAUGAUAACAAGCCAUCUGAUCUUCCUUCAACUUCUAGUGCAAGUACUUCAUCUUUUAUUAAUUCAAUACCUGAGGUGCUUGUGAAAAAUGAUUCAGAAAUAGAAAUACCUGGAGAAAGUGAGAGUAGUAAUAAAAAAUGUGAAUUACAAGAAAGUCUUGCAAUGGAAGGAAGCUCGUAUGUUGGAAACACAACUAUUGAGAGUCUCUGCACAAAUCUGAACUCUGGCAAUGAAGAGUCCUCUUCAAUUGAAAAUUUAAAAGAAUCAAUAAUAGGAAGCACUGCUACAAUGCCGAAAGAUGAGAAUCAGUUAUAUGGAGAAUUAAUUGAUAAUGAAAAUAUAAGGUGUCAAUUAUCAUCACAAUUAGAGCCUCAAACUAAAAUUAUAAAACAACUUGCAAUUGAUGAGAAUAAUUUACUUCCAAUUCAGUCUCCUAAUAGUAGUCUAGAAGUAGUUGGAAUUAAAUGCAUAAAUCAUGAAUCUGAAAUUGAGAAGACUGAUAAUUCAGAAAUUAAGAAGGAUUGCAAAGAGUUAGAAACAAAUAGCCAUGAUACAUCUUUAUACAAUGUGAGAAUUUGUUGUACUAGAAAACGCUCUUCCAGUUGUUCAUUACUUGCUAAUGAUGGUAAAGCUGUAACCAGGAAACUAAGAAAACGAAACACAGAAAGAAAUAUAUUCACCAGAAGAUGCACAUUAGAAUGUUGUUCUUGGAUAGAUAAAAGGGAAGAUAUAACUAAGAAACCUACCUAUGUCAAAAAUUCUAAAAUUAAUUUUGUAAAAGCUCUCUUGUCUUCAAAGAGAAGAAUAUUAAAUCCUAAAUUGUGCAAACCUAACAGGCACAAUGCAAAGGACUUAAAUGUCUGUUCACUUGUAAAUGCAAAUGAAAUGUACUCAUUGGUUAGAGAAAAUAAAACAAGUGAAGAGAAAAGAACUAGAAUAUUAACCAAAAAGAAAACUUGUUGUUUUUUGUGUGAUCAUCCUAAAACAUCUGUAUGUAAUACUGUCGAAUUUUCUGUGCCUGGGAAGAAUUCUUUUUGUAAAAAUUUAAACUAUAAGAAAGAAGAUUCGAUUACAUCCAACAAGGGCAAAACUCUUCAGACAACCAAAGAUGAAUUAACCAAUGUUCAAGGUACAAGAAAAAUCUCAGCUAAAAUGAGAAGAACUAAAGGGGACAAAGCAAAACAAAUCAUGAUUUAUGCUUUGGAUGCUUCAUUACAAGCUAACACCAACAAAGGUUCAAGGAUUGAGAACAAAAUGACCUGCAUCAAUUUGCACAGCAAGAAAAGAAAAUGCAAAGCAAUGUUGCAGGAUUCUACAAGCUUUGAAUUUGAACAAACUUUGAUUAAUGAACCAGGAACUUUCUUGAGAAGACAAAAAACUAACGAUAAUUCAUGUAGAAAUUUUGAUUAUUCAAAAAAGUUGAAAAGGGAAAUGAUUACAAAUUCAAUACCUGCAUCUACACAAUCAGUGCCUUCUCUCCUUGAUAUUUCCAGACCAAGAUUAAUUGACUAUUGCACUAGAAAAAGGAAGUCACGUGAUACUGAACUAAAAGAGAAUUGUGCUAUAAAAGUGUGUAGACUGGAAUUAAAACCAGGGUGUUGUCUUCAGGGAAAAGAAGAGUCUUACAUAGUUACAGAAAUGACCUCUUCUUUGUCAGUGAAAGUUACAAAAUCUGAUGGUGGAAUAAAUUUGAACUCUGAACCAGUUCAGAAUCAUGAAAGUGCUUCUAAUGCACACGCUAAUGAGAUCCUCAAGAAAAAUGUAAAUGAUGUUAUUAUUCCUGCCAAUAAUUCUGCAAUUAAGGAAGAAAAUGUUUUAUCUCAGUUGACUCUCAGAGGCAAAAAAAAUGAUGUCUCAUCAAGUAUUGCAAAUCCAGAAGAAGGCUUCAAGACCUGGGAUCAUUCUGAUCAAUCUGAAAUUGAGUGGAAGCAUAUAUCAAAUUUAAAGAAUAAAGUUAGAUUUGAAGAUCCUGAAUUCAUAUCAACAUUGUGUGUAAUGCAUCCCAGAAUGAGAUUGAUCCCCCAAAAAAUUUUUAGUAGUUCUCAAGCCUUACUUUCUGAUCAGCAACAACUAACCUACAACCCCAAUGGUACAAAGUGUUAA